AUAAUUAUUAAUUAAGUAAUCACAGAAAGAAGCAGUGAAGUUCAAAGUAUCCCUGAAAAAUCCAAAAAUAUUUGCAGCAGGCAACUCAUUUCGUAGCAUUGCUCAUAUCCAGAGAACACAAAGAAGCGCCUUCUUCCUCAGUGCAGCUUCAGCAUUCGUUGAUGUGGGAGAGACAAUAACCUUACGUAUCAGAAUCAAACUCAUUCUAUGGCUAUUUGCAGUUAUCAACGUUUUCAUUUUUAGAUUAAGAACUAUGCCUCGGAAAGUUAACUAUGGGGUUGAUUACGAUGAUGAUGAUGAUUAUGAUGACUAUGAUGAAUAUGACUAUGGCUAUGAAGUAGAAGAAAACGUGGAAGCACCUUCUGAGGAAGAAACUAUCAAUCAUGGUGUGUGGCGUUGCUCCAUUUGUACUUACGAUAAUGAUGCAACCUUGUCAGCAUGUGAUAUUUGUGGGGUUCUUCGCAGUCCUUUGGUCAACAACUCCACCUAUGAUGGGAAGAAAACAGUUGAUGGCAUAUGCAAAGAUUCUGGAGUAUCUACUAUGGCCAAGUCUCUUUUUGCAUCACUGCCGCAACAGAUGUCCAAAAAAGCUGUAGAUUCUCAGCAACAGAAUGAUGGUUUUGUGGUGAAAGAGGGCAAUAACUUCCACCCACUUGGGAAUAUCCAAGGACAAUUUCAUGAAUUCCAUAAAGCUUAUAGUUCUCCUACCCAUUCCCGUAUUAAUAUAGCCCCUUUCAAGUUUGAUGUUCCAUCUCCAGAUGAUGUGGUUUCCAAUGGACUGCGUUCCUCCAAAUUGGGUUCGAAAGCCAACAUUUUUGACUCAAAAUCUUCCAAAGUUUCCUCAAGUGUGGUCGGGAAGAAUGAGGCAGCUAAAGUACAAUUAAGUACUAAAAGGUCAGGUAGUUCAUAUGACUCAACAGCAAAAGACAAGCACAAUAGACUGGAUGAGAUAAUUUCUUCGAAGAAUCUAGAAGUUGAUGCAUUGUCAAGUUCCAGAAACUCAGAUAACUCCUCUGCAUCAAUGCCAAAAGGCAGGAUUGAUAUUGUGGAUGAAAGCAUUGUUGUGGAUAAUCUGCGAUCUAGCGUUAAAAGGUCAUCAUUGAUGCCAAAAGAAAUACAUAAUAUGGUGGAUGAUAGCAGCUCUUCAAGGAAUGGAGGUGAGGCACAUAGUCUCACCAGUAAUGUGAAAAACAUGUCUUUGGCUGCUAAAUCCGGGCACUCAAAGGAUACAAGUGCUGGAAGAGCAAAUUCAUAUGCUCAGUAUAAACCAGAAGAGUGGAUGCUCCCUGAAAAAGCAGAAGAUUCACUGACUCAACUGAAUCUUGCAAUUGUUGGGCAUGUUGAUUCCGGAAAAUCAACACUCUCUGGUAGACUGCUUCACCUUUUGGGACGAAUAUCCCAAAAAGAAAUGCACAAAUAUGAAAAGGAGUCAAAAUUGCAGGGCAAAGGAUCCUUUGCUUAUGCUUGGGCGUUGGAUGAGAGUGCUGAAGAAAGGGAAAGGGGAAUCACUAUGACUGUGGCUGUGGCUUAUUUUGAUUCAAAAAGAUAUCAUGUUGUUGUCCUUGAUUCCCCAGGGCACAAAGAUUUUGUUCCAAACAUGAUAACUGGAGCAACACAAGCUGAUGCUGCAAUUCUUGUCGUAGAUGCUUCUAUUGGUUCAUUUGAAGCUGGUAUGGACGGCGCAAAAGGACAGACAAGGGAGCAUGCACAACUCAUCAGAAGUUUUGGUGUUGAUCAAAUUAUAGUUGCAGUUAACAAGAUGGAUACUGUAGAGUAUUCUAAGAAUCGAUUUGACUUUUUAAAAUCACAGCUUUGGACAUUUCUCCGCUCUUGUGGUUUCAAGGAUUCCUCUGUUUCAUGGAUUCCACUGAGUGUUGUAGAAAAUCAGAAUUUAGUGGCUGCACCUUCUGACGUUCGUUUAUCGUGGUAUCAUGGACCUUAUCUAUUAGAUGCAAUUGAUUCCUUCCAACCUCCUACAAGAGAUUUUUCAAAGCCUCUACUUAUUCCUAUAUGUGAUGUUAUAAGAUCACCUUCACAGGGGCAGGUGUCUGCUUGUGGCAAGUUGGAGGCUGGAGCUGUUCGAAGUGGAUCAAAGGUUUUAGUCAUGCCAUCUGCAAAUAUAGCAACGGUGCGUUCCUUAGAACGUGGUUCCCAGGCUUGUACAAUUGCAAGAGCUGGGGACAAUGUAGCUGUCAACCUACAUGGAAUAGAUGGAAAUCUCGUGUUGGCUGGUGGAGUGUUAUGUCACCCUGAUUUUCCAGUUGCAAUAGCAAAACAUUUGGAGUUGAAGGUGCUUGUCUUGGAUGGUGCAACCCCAAUUUUAAUCGGUUCUCAGUUGGAGUUUCAUAUACACCAUGCAAAGGAGGCUGCAAGAGUUGCAAAAAUAUCAUCAUUACUUGAUUCAAAGACUGGGAAAGUCACAAAGAAAGCACCCCGCUGCAUUGUUGCUAAGCAGAGUGCAGUAGUUGAGGUGAUAUUGCAUGAACCGGUUUGCGCGGAAGAGUUUUCAAAAUGCAAAGCCCUUGGAAGAGUGUUUCUUAGAACAUUAGGAAGAACGGUUGCUGUGGGCAUCGUGACUCGAAUAGUUUAGGAGCAGUAAUAGUUUUCACAUGUGGUCGUACACUUCAACAGCUUUCAACCAUUAGACUUCCUUUCUUGGUGAACGGCCACCUUGGUUGGAGACAAACUUUCUGUACUACUAUUCAAGAUUCACAACGAAGGUACUUAUAAAACAUUAAAAAAGAACAAAGCCAUUUCUUUUUUACGGCUUGUAUACUCCAUGUUUGUUGUAGAGACAGAUUUAAAGCUUUAGUCUGUACCAUUUCUGGUCGGGCUGUACAAUCAGUUUGAUUGAUUCUUUAUAUAGUAUUAAGGCUUAGAGAAAUAUGCAGAUCUUCUACCU